GGUUAGACCUGUCGCGGUUUGCGUCCGCCGCGGGUGGCGGCAGCAGCAGCAGCGGUGGAGGGCCCCGGGGAGACACGGGCUUGCUGCCGCUGUCGGAGGAGGACAGGUUGAAGUUCGACUUCCGUCACUGGUUGUCCCAGGGUGCCAAGCUGGUGGGCUCGCAGUCCAAGGACUGUGAGGCGCAGUACGGCUUGCCGUACAUUGAGCGCUGGCGCAAGGCACGACUCAGCUGGUGCGUCGCGGAUAUGUCCGCGGGGGCGGGGGCAGGAGCCACCACCACCACCGGCAGCAGCAGCAGCGGCAGCAGCGGCAGCGAGGUACCUGCAUCCCCGCUGAUCACCACCUCCAGCAUCCAGCUGUAUCCCUUCACGGACAGAGGCGCCGCCGCCAUGUUCGCAGCCUCCACGAACACCGCGCUGGACAGCAGUGCCUUCCUGGGCACCCUGCCGGGCGGCCUGCCCGCUGCCCCCGCUGGUUCCUACCGGGCCGCAUGCCACGUGGGCAGCGGGGCGGGGCCGGGGGCGCAGCACGCGGGGGUGGAGGGCGUGCGGCGGUGGGUGGGGAGCGCGCUCAAGACCGACGCCUACGCCAGCAUCACCGCAGCAUGCGCCCUGCCCGGCACCACCGCCGUCAACAGCAGCAGUAAGACCAGCCGCGCUGCCCCAGCAUCUCACACCGGCGGGAGCAGCAGCAGCAGCAGCAGGGGGCCCCCCCCGGUGUUGCACCCGGUGCUGCUGCUGACGCGCUGGGACCCCACCAACGCGCUACACAGCCUAGAGGAGGCGGUGACCGCCUUCGUGACUCUGGCGGUGCUGGACGACCCCGACCUGCGCACACAGGGGCUGCAGGUUGUGGUUGCGGACGGCAAGCCCGACGGCUUCUUUCUGGACGUGUGGGCGGCCCUGUCGCGGCCCUACCCGCUGCGGCUGCUUGCGCGGCAACCCUGGCCGGCGGACACCUGCCUCACCCGUUCCCUCCACAGCGCCUCCGGCGGCCCCUCCAUCCUGACCUCCAUGGGGGUGGUGCAGCGGACGAACUGCAGAUCCCCGGUGGCCGUGGGUGCGGCUCUGUGGUUGCGCUACAUGCUGGCCCCCGCCCUCCAGCCGCUGCUGCACAGCCCCUUCAAGGCGAACCUGCAGACGCCGGGCGUCACACACAAGACGGUGGUGUGGAUCAGCCGCCGUAACUUCGAGGCGGCGUCCCGGGACUCCCUGAGCCCCUGGCAGGAGCAGCGCAGGUUCUCAAACGAAGGCGAGGUGGUGUUGGAGUUGCAGCGGGAGGUCUGGCGCUGGAACGAUGAGGCCUGUCUGCGCAGCGGCAUGCCCAAGUCAUUCGGGGACAGCGGGCGGCAGCGGCGGCGGCAGCUGAGAAGCGCGCUGCUACGCGGGGUGGACAGCGGGGAGGGGAAGCAGUUGGGCGUGGUGUUGGGGGCGGCGGAGCAGCAGCAGCAGCAGUUGCAGCAGCAGCGGGGGCGGCGGCUGCAGGGGGGAAGUAGCUCCCCCCGCUGCCGCCCUGCCAACGUGUUCUUCGAGUUGCGGGUGGUGGAUCUGAGCAGCUUGCCGCUCUACCCGGACCAGCUGCAGGUGCUGGGUACCGCGUCCAUCCUGGCGGGGGCGCACGGGGCGGGUCUGGCCAACAUUAUGUGGCUGCCCCCGGGGCGGGGGGGCGUGCUGGAGCUGCAACACAACUCCGCGGGCAACCAGCACUAUCACAACAUGGCUGCCCUGCUGGGUCACCAGUACGUGGCGGUGGAGAGCGACGGCGACCGAGUGGAGCUGGCGGAGG